CUCUCUCAUUCUGAACUGUGGCACACUUGGUAACAGCAAACACCUGGAGUCUGCCACUGGUGGUGUUUGUGACAGCUGCUGUCAAUAACAGAGGGAAGUAACUGUUGUCUACAGCUGAGCUGACUUAGGACUCCACAGGGAUAUUAGAAACAGAAGGGCACCUGUUUGUUGUUUUAAAUUGUGAAGAGUUGGUGACUUAGUUCUACAGGCUGAAAGUGUGGAAGAGAUACUGGUAUUAGUCACUUGGCUUCUUUAUUUUAUGAACUAGUUCUGAACAGUAAAGGCUUCAUAAAAUCAUUCUGUAAUUACCUUUGUGGAAUUGGAAUGGAGUGAAUCAUCAAAAGGAAACAACUAAGCAGCUAAGACAUGAGCUGAGCAAACUUCUCAUCCACAUGUUGGAAACUAAUUGUGAAGGAUGACACAAAUGCAGCCUGGAUCUGAGCAGAACUGGAUAGCUACAGUCAAGUAACCUCAUUCAAGAGGAAGGGAGCAGUAUGCAAUGUCAUCUGGGGAUCCAGGAGCCUGGUUUGAAGGGAGACUUCACUGACUGUGCCUGGUUGGCUUCAUGUCUUUGCCAUGGGCUGCACAUUACUGGAUAUGUGUGGAGUGCCCAGAGCCUCCAGCACCCCCAGGCACUCUGCAGUAGUGAACUGGUGUAAAGCCUGAUCUUGAAGAUACUGAGAGGCAAGUGAGGAAUGUCAGAUGUACUGGGAAGGGAAUUCAGUGAGAGGGUAAUUCAGUGCCUUUGAAUGCAUGGACAACAGAGGAUGACAAAGCCUCAAAACAAAUGUCCUGAAAAGUGUUUAUUACCAGGUAUUAAAACAGCUGUCACGGAAAGUGAAAGAUGAAGCCUCUUGUUCUCUUGGUUCUUGUGAUCUGUACUGUAGUCAGCAUGAAUUUGAAGCUCGUGUCAAAGAGAAAUUCUGUUGAUGGUUGCAUUGACUGGUCAGUGGAUCUCAAGACAUACAUGGCUUUGGCAGGUGAACCAGUCCGAGUGAAAUGUGCCCUUUUCUACAGCUAUAUCAGAACUAAUUAUAGCAUGGCCCAAAGCACAGGUCUUAGGCUUAUGUGGUACAAAAACAAAGGAGAUUUAGAAGAACCCAUUAUAUUUUCCGAAGUUAGAAUGAGCAAGGAUGAAGAUUCCAUAUGGUUUCACUCGGUUGAGUUGCAAGACAGUGGUUUCUACACAUGUGUUCUAAGAAACUCAACAUAUUGCAUGAAGGUGUCCAUGUCCUUGACAGUAGCUGAGAAUGAAUCUGGGCUUUGCUACAACAGCAAGAUCAGAUAUCUGGAAAAAUCAGAAGUCACUAAGAGAAAGACAAUCUCCUGUCCUGAUAUUGAGGAUUACAAAACAGCCGGUCAAGAGCCAGAUGUGGUGUGGUACAAGGAAUGUAAGCCAAAAAUGUGGAGAAGCGUUGUAAUUCAGAAGGGAAAUACUCUCUUAAUUCAAGAGGUCCAGGAAGAAGAUGGAGGAAAUUAUACCUGUGAACUAAAGUUUGAAGGCAAGCUUAUACGAAGGACGGUUGAAUUGAAGGUUACUGCUUUACUCACAGACAAACCUCCAAAGCCAUUGUUCCCCAUGGAGAACCAGCCAACUGUUAUAGAUGUCCAGCUGGGAAACCCACUGACUGUGGCCUGCAAAGCUUUCUUUGGAUUCAGUGGAGAAUCAGGCCCCAUGAUCUACUGGAUGAGAGGGGAGAAAUUCAUAGAAGAAUUAGAAGGUCACAUUAGAGAAGGCGAAGUCAGACUCCUCAGAGAACACCUUGGAGAAAAAGAAGUUGAGUUGACAUUGAUCUUUGAUGCUGUAGGGGAGGCAGACCUGGCUAACUACACGUGUCACGUGGAAAACAGAAAUGGACGGAAACACGCCAGUGUCCUUCUGCGCAAGAAAGAUUUGAUCUACAAAAUAGAGCUUGCUGGAGGACUGGGAGCCAUCCUUCUUCUGCUUAUUUUGCUCGUGACCAUCUAUAAGUGCUACAACAUAGAGUUAAUGCUGUUCUACAGACAGAACUUUGGAGGAGAUGAAGCAGCUGAUGACAACAAGGAAUAUGAUGCAUAUCUUUCAUACACCAAAGUGGAUCCCGAUGCUUUAGAUCGUGACACUAAUGAAGAGGAGCAGUUUGCACUUGAAAUUCUGCCAGAUGUUCUGGAAAAGCACUAUGGAUACAAGCUUUUCAUUCCAGAUAGGGACCUGAUCCCUAGUGGAACUUACAUUGAAGAUCUCACAAGAUGUGUUGAGCAAAGCAGAAGACUCAUUAUCGUGUUAACUCCAGACUAUGUUCUCAGGAGAGGAUGGAGUAUUUUUGAGAUGGAAAACAGACUCCAUAACAUGCUAGUCAGUGGCGAAAUCAAAGUUAUUUUGAUUGAGUGUACUGAAUUAAAAGGGAAAGUGAAUUAUCAUGAAGUGGAAUCUUUAAAGCACACCAUCAAACUUCUCUCGGUGGUCAAGUGGAAAGGACCAAAAAGCAGCAAACUGAAUUCUAAGUUUUGGAAGCGCCUAGUCUUUGAAAUGCCAGGGAAGAAAAAGGAGGUGGUGUCCCGGCAUCAGGUCCUGGAUUCUGCAGAGCAGGGCCUUUUUGGAGACCUCCAGACUAUCCCCUCUGUUGCUGUCACAGGCACUUCUGCCACGUUGGUGGAAUCACGGGCUGAUUUAACUGACUACCAUCAAGCAGACUCUGUGCACAUGAGACAUUACUGCAGAGGGUACGAGUACGACGUGUCAGCAGCGACACUGCCAAUCGCUUCCAUAAGCAACCACCACACGUACUGUAACAUUCCUCUGACACUCCUGAACGGACAGCUACCUCUCAACAACACCGUGAAGGACCCCCAGGAGUUUCACAGGAACAACCCACUGCUACCUUUAUCAGCCAAGGAGCUUAGCUUCACCAGUGAUAUCUGGUAGUGGACAUCAGGACUCUUUCGGGACGCUUCAUGACCGCCAUGAAGACACAUUUUUAAAGAACUUUGCCCUAACCCCAUGGGGUGAGAAAACAUAUUCGAAGCAGCAGCACACUUGUUUGCUUUUCUACUUGAACUUUUUUGUUUACAUUUACAAAUUAUUGACAAAGGGGGCAUUCUUUUUGUAACUCAGUAAUGUCCUUCCUGUCUUUUAAUGUACAGUUUUAUUGCUUCUUUAAAAAGGAGGGGGAAGAGAAAAAACACACCCCACCAUUUUACAGUAGGUUUACAAUCUGGGAUGGGUAAAAGGUCACUGUAUAUGGUCUCCAACAUCCAUACAUAUUUAAGUAACAGUAUUUGAAAUACACAGAAGUUGUUGGGUUUUUCAUAUAGACUACAGUACACUUUGAAAUUCUAAUCAUGCUACAAAAAUUAUUAUCUCCUCCACAGACCACAAGGGGUGAAUCAUCCUGAAAAGGAAGGAGGAGGAAACCUUCCCGGUAACAUUGUCUCACAAAUACUUUUUAGAAGAUGACCAGCUGAAACAAUGCAGAUGAAGCUUUAUCAAUAAAUACAUAGUAACAGUUACUGCAGAAUAAAUCACCUGCUCCCAUCAGCAUCUCUUCAUUUUAUUAUUGAGGCAUGUUGUAUUCCUAGUCAAUGGUUAGCAAUGUGGUUUUACUAAACAACUUACUAGAAUAUCGGAAGAUGUUUAGGAGGAUUUUAAACGUUUUUUUCUGUCAAUUAUAGAUUAUUUCACAACUUUUUGCAGAUUUAUAAUGACUUUUUCCAAACAAUUUAAGUAGAAAUUUAUCUGUCUAUUGGUCUAUUAAUUAAUUUGAAAUUUCUUAUGAUCUCUUGAGCCCUAUUAAGAUUUGUAGAAAAGGCAGUGUAUUAUUACAUAGGAUUUUCUUUCCAAAAUCAGUAGUUACAAUUUGAAAUCAACCUUUUUGUGAGAACAUCAGCAAUAGAAAAUAAUUACUACAGCAAUAUUCAGAGAUGAAGUGCUAAAUUAUUCAGGUUUACUGGUAAAUCUGACUUCAGUUGCAGUGAUAAUGACCUGAGACAGUUUUCUCUCUUGUCUAUCUACCUGUCAGUUUAUGUACUUUUUAAAUUUGGCAGAAGCAGGAAUAUUUCUGCUGUCUGUGCAACUAGUGAAAAGUGAUGUUUUUAAGCAUCUGUUAAGGUCUUGCAUUUCUCACUUAUGUGAGUGAUCCCAUCAGUCAAAUAGGAUACUGUCAUUUAUCUUUCAUGUAAGGCAUUCCUGCUGCUGGUGGAUGAGAAGUGUUAUACAGGUACUCUGCAUCAGGCAUUGCUGCUCAGUGAGUACCAGUGAGAUUUCCAUACUCAGUUGAUUAAGAGUUGCAGAGUGGAGUAUUUAAGGAAAAAAGCCCUAAAUAAUGAAGCAGAAGCCAGUUUUGCAGGUUUUGGCCCAGCUCUAAUGAAAACACAGUAGACAUGAGAGUUUUGUCUCAAUGAGAUCUGCUGGAGCAAAUUCCCAAAAAUAUUUUUAGGCAGGCAGCCUUGCCUGUGUUUCAGUAUGGCUUUAGCAUUGUUCUCUUUGAUUGCAUGAAUAAAAGUUAGCACUCUGCACUCAGCUGCCUGUGGUUUCAUCAGCAAACAAGUUCAGUAAAUCCUUGACAUUUUGCAGUGGUUCCUAAAUUGUACCCUACAGUCAAAUGGAAACAAACACUGACCUAAGACUUAAAAGUCAAAGAAUUGGCCCAAAGGCCAUGAGAAUGAUCUUGAAUGUGCAAUAAUUCAUAGAGGUCAGUAUUUUUCCAUUGCUUCUUUCCCCAGUUCUUUAUUCUGUGCCCUCCUACACCAGUUAUUGUCUGUAAGAUUUUUAUUAGGUUCUAAAUAAUACAUGUUUCUCUUGUUUUUUCUAGCAUUAUUAUGCAUUUGACACUAACACUGAAAAUGGAAAUCUAGAAAAGAUAUUAAUUUAUUACACAGUAUAGAAACUUUAACUUGCUCUUUUGUGAAGUUAAGUUCCAAACAUAUAGGUGUUUAAUAGACGUAUUUUUCUACUGAGAAAGAAAGCGAUUUUACCUCCAUUAUAAAUAUAUGGAUUUCAACCUCCUCCCAAAAAUUUACAAAAUUUGCACUGUUUUAUAAGUGUUACAGACUGUGUUUACACUGGCUAUGUUCUUUAAUGCAAAGUGUAAUUAAAAAAAAAAAGGAAAAAAAUUCCUAAAAGCAAACCCUGCAUGAAAAGAGCUGCAUAUGUUUAAAUGAAAAGCUGUACUUUUCAUUAUUUUCCUUCCCACAUUACUCUAGAAUCUGGUUAAUUCACAUAGAAUGUUCAGUGAGAUUUUAAACCCGCUAGUUCUGUAUUAAGCAUGCAAACUCCAAAAAAAAAAAAAAAAGAAAAGAAAAAACAUAUGCAGGUUGGUCUGCUUCUUUUAUUUACAAGGACUAAAUAUGGGUAACAAAUUCAUUCACCCAGUGGUAAUAUGUCUCUUAGAGCAGUAGUUAUUCCAAAGCAAAAUGCAGUCAUGUUUGCAUUGAGGAAACAUGAAAAGAACAGUUUUUCUGUCAUUUUGCAAAAGCACAUUGAGUGUCUAUGUAUUGAUAUUUUUUAGUUAUAGAUGCCAAGUCACAAUCUGCUUUAAGAUUUCUGAGUGUGUAUUGAGUACUACGACAAUAUAUACAUGAGUUGGAACUGCCUGUACCCCUCUGCUUCUAGUGUGGGGAUGGGGAGCUGAGCUUGGGAGGCCUCUCGUGGACUCAGUUUCAUGUAGUACCAGUAUAGAAUCAUGGAAUUGUUUGGGUUGGAAAAGACCUCUAAGAUGAUCGGGUCUAACCGUUAACCCAGCACCGCCAAGCCUGUCACUAAACCAUGUCCCUGAGUGCCACAUCUACAUGUCUUUUGUGUAUCUCCAGGGAUGGUGACUUCACCACUGCCCUGGGUAGCCUCUUCCAGUGCUUGACAACCCUUUAAGUGAAUAAAUUUUCCCUAAUCCAAUCUAAACCUCCCCUGGCACAACUUGAGGCCAUUUCCUCUUG